AUGAUGACUGCGGAGAGUUGUGAUUUUCUGGAGGGCUUGCAAACCAACAUUGGAAAGAUGCUGGACUUUAACGUCUCCAAGUCAUUACGCGAAGACAAUGCCACCAAAAAUUCCAGUUGUGGAUAUGUUUCAGUUGGUUUUCCUAUAUCCAUGAUGAUCACUGGCAUAGUGGGCAACUCAUUAGCUCUUAUUCUGGUAUAUAUAUCUUACAAAAAGAAGGAAAAUAAAAGAAAAAAAUCGUUCUUGCUUUGCAUCGGGUCACUGGCGUUUACUGACCUGUUCGGACAGCUUUUGACAAGUCCCAUAGUAAUAUCAGUUUACCGAGCUGAUCUGAAAUGGGAGCAUAUAGAUUCAUCGGGUAAAUUGUGCGCUUUUUUCGGUGUGUGCAUGACAACGUUUGGCCUGUGCUCUCUAUUCCUGGCCAGCGCCAUGGCACUUGAAAGGGCUAUGGCGAUAACAAAUCCCCACUGGUACUCCAGCCACAUGAAGACAAGUGUGACAAAGCAGACUUUGGUUGUCGUGUGGUGUCUUGUUUUGCUCUUUGCGCUGCUGCCCAUUGCCGGGGUCGGGGAAUACACACGCCAGUGGCCGGGCACCUGGUGCUUUAUCAGCACGGGGGACAGGGAAGUCCCAGGCAAUAUGUUUUUUGCCAUCACUUUCGCUGUACUUGGGAUUUUCUCUCUGCUUGUUACGCUUUCCUGCAAUGUAAUGACGAUCCGGGGCUUAAUUAUGCGGUGUAAAACAAAGUCUGGCACGUCUCAGUCUUCAAAGCAGUGGGAACGGCUCACCACGGAGACCGUCAUUCAACUGUUAGGGAUUAUGUGCGUCCUCCUUAUAUGCUGGUCUCCUCUGCUGGUGCUGAUGCUGAGGAUGAUCUCCAAUCAGGUAUCCUCCCACGACUGCAAUUCAACAGCAGUGACCUCCAGUCACACCUCAACCCGGGACGUCCAGUUAGACUGUAACUUUUUUCUAACAGCAAUCCGCUUGGCCUCCCUCAACCAGAUCCUGGACCCAUGGGUCUAUCUGCUCUUCAGGGAGAUCCUCCUCCGCAAGUUCUGCAUCAUGGCGACUGCAGUGUCCAACUGUUCCAUAGAGGAACAAAAGGAGACCCAAGCGGCAUUGGCUGCCCUUAACAAGCAGAACCAAGAUGGCAACAACCUUCAGAAACUACAAUGUAGCUAAGUCAACCUUUGACAGGAAUUUCUAUCUUGUGGCUUUGAGGGUGGGAUGAAUUGGACACGUGAAAAUAGAUAUACGCCAUUGUCAUGGAUGUGUCGUGGGAUAUGUGGAGACAAAAAUGUUCUCCAAAUGCUCCUCAAUAUUUUGUGCAAUUGGACACGCAAGUUGUCUCUGUGUUAGCCAUGUCUGCUCUGGGAACAUUUGGUUUGCUUAAAACACAUUCCAUUCCAAGUCACCUAACCAGCAUGUGGAUGCAUGACCGUGUCACCGCUCACAUUUGGCUUCAGCUUGGUUGACAGGAACUCCCUCAAUUCCAGAUUAUUUUGAAAGCCAGUUUUGAUAGCAUCUCCCAGACCAGAACGGAAGCAUCCUUUCAACAACUUAAAGCCAUAAGCCAGCUAAAAGACAGUUUUAAUAAAUAAAGAAAGAAACUGUAAAUUUGCUUAUGUGAAGUUAUAAAUAGUGUUGCCAUAUUUUACAUGAAAUGUAAUCAUGGUGGUCAUUUAAAAGAAAAAUGCAAAUCCUAAACUGGAGCCAAUUGUUGAUUGUAAAAGUAUUUAUUAGUGUCUGUGGUAAUAUGAAGUUAGUAGUUUGUUUGCUAAAUGCUGAUGAUAAUGCUACCUGCUGGGUAUCAGUUGUAGAUUUUAUGAUAUACCGUGCGUGGUGCGCCUUGGCUAGCAGCCAGGACUAUAAAAUGUGAAGCUUUAAGUUUGUUGCCAUUUUCCCUCCUGAACAUGAAUGCACUGGUGUAUUGUGCAAUUAUUUCUUCAGCAAUUUUCUCUUCAGAAUAACUUUGAGGCCUGUUAUGAAUGAAUGUGUGAGGGGAAAUAACUGUAGAUUUGUGGUGUUCAACAUUAAGAGAUUAUGGAUGGCAUGAGAGCCUAAUAUGGUGUCAAGGUGUCAUUGAGCAAGCCUUGCCUUUUCAUCGUGUUAGAAGUGUAUGAUGACACGUGUAUCUAACUUCACCAACAAAAUCUUUAUUUGAGAAAAGAUUUAUAAUAAUUUGUGCAGGCUUUUGAUCAGUUAUGUCAUUAUAAGUAGAGAGAUACUGUAGGUAUGCUCUUUUUAUAAAAGACUGAUGAGCAGAAAUAUAAUGGAAUGAAGUCCUGUCCAAAACACAAAAAAAGAUCAAAAAGCUUUUUUGGCAUACUUGAAACUGCUUGUGCAACUGCUACACACACUCCAUGUGGCUUCAUACGCUUUCAUCAGUGUGCUGGCCAACAUGCACAUACAGUAUGUUUUUAUGCUUUUAAUUCUGUGGUGAUUGCCUUGGACAUGUUAAAUGUGUCAUUCUGUAUUUUAUCAUUUUUCUCUUUCUCAGCAAAAUUGUGUCCUUGGAGCCUUGAUGCUACCUCUAAGUAGAAGUUAAUGUUAAUUUCUUUUGUAGUUUGUACAGUGAAAUUCACCAAAGGUCUCAGUUGAAAUCGGAGUGCCAAAUGACUAAAUGUUAUUAACCAAGAGUGACGUUUACAGGCAAGGGCAAUGAUGUAAAUAUGAUCUUUUUGCGUCAACGUUGUCAUGUAUAGCACUGUAAAUGUAUUUGAAAAAGUCCAGCAUCUCAGUCAAAGGCAUCUCAAGGAUGGACACAUUUGCUGUCAUAGUAGCCUUCAGGUUUAUGGGAAAUUUCUCACACCAACACAACUCUGCCUUCUCAGAGCAUCAAUGACAAGAGGCUCAUGUACACUCUGCUUUCCCAGUCUUGCUUUUGCCUUUCAAAUGUGAGAACACAUACAGGCUCAGUGAUAAUGACCCUAAAGAAAACUGUUAACUGCAAAAGCCAUGUGAAAGAUGAACACUUUCUAUUUCCAGAUGUAAGAGUUUAUCUUGAAUUGAUUGUGAAGCCGCUCAGUCUUUGUAGCACUUAAAGGAUUAACCUUGGUUGGUUGACGAAAGAAAAAAUGUAGAAGGGAACUGUAAUACAGAGUACACAACUUGCUGCAAUAUAGAGAACAUUGACAUCGGAAUGAAGAAAAUACAAUUUUGGAUUUAAAAAAUCAGAUUCUGAAGAGUUAAAUGUGAUAUAAUUGCUGACCCAACAUAUUCCAAAUUUAGUGAACUAAACAUUCUGAACGAUAAUGGCUGUUAUUAUUUCUCAAGAUAACUAUCUCUAACAUAGCCUCCAGUGUAACGCUCUGCUUUGAUAUUUUUCAUCCACCUUUCCCUUUAUGUAGUGUUUUCCAUCCUCUCCAACUCCUUCUGUCCUCCCCACAACCUCCCCGCCUUCAAAACUCUGUCAAAUUUAACUGGUACAUGGUUCCCUUAACAACAACAUCUGAGAGAUCUCUUGGAGGCAAGCCCAAGCGAAAGCCAAAGUUUUCCAUUAUAUAAUUUUCUGCAAUAUGCCUUAACAAAGUGCCAAAGUGAUUUGCAUAGGAUAUGAGCAAAAAAGGUAUUAAAGAAUAGGAUCAAAGGAUGACAAAAACAGAUGAGGAAAACAGCAACCUCCUUGCUCUGAGAUUAAUGGGCAAACAGCUCAGGAUCUGUUUUGUUCAGGAGUUGGAGGAGAGUGUUGCACAGAAAUCAUUAAUUUUUAAUAAUUCAUUAUUAUUCUGGAGCUCAUUGCCAGCUAUGGAUGUGCAGAAAAAACUAAUGUAUUGCUCAUUAAGUAAACAGUUUCAUUAAUGUUGUCACAAUGCUAUCACUAACGUGAGGAGUGUUCAUUUUAAUGAAUGCUCCACUAAUUGAGCUUGUGGCUCUGCACUAUAAUCUUUUAUUCUAAACAUAUGUUCAUCUUGUGCAGCAGUUAAUAUGCAUUCAACAAAAACAUCUGGAGUCCAAUCCAUGCAUUUAAAAAAAAAAGAAAUUUGUUUGCAAGUUGGAGUGGGAUAUUUUACGAUUAACUCAAUCAACUUACAACUUCCACUUGAAUCUGCCUCAUGUGAUUAUCUCAGUUCUCCGUCAAGGAGACUCUGAAGCUUCCUGUUCUUCAGUUAACACGGAAUAAUUACGCAAAGGAAUAUCCCCUUAAAGCUGACUGGCCCUAUAUUUGGUCUAGAAUUUUCCAGUGUGUUACAUUCCACCCAAACCCCACAGUGGAAAGGAAAAUGGCAGAAUAACAGUUCAUCUUUGUAAAAGAAAACAUGAUACAUUUCCACCCCCUUUAAUGGACCUAGUAAAGGCCCAGUGUUGACAAAGAGGGCUUUCUGUGGUUCUGCAGUACAGUUUAAAUUGGAAUGUUUAUCAGAACCAGGGGAAAUACAGAGUAAUAUAAGAUUUAAAUAUCUGCAAACUCCAGUUAUUGAUCCACAGGGUGUAAUCUUCAAAGGCAAUUGUAGAAAAUAGCUUCAUUAAGAGGUUUGUCAGGAUACUGUUUGUUCUCUGCUACAAACACACUAUUGCAAGUCUCAAGCUUUGAUUGUCCGGCCUGUGAAUGUUUGCUUACGUGCCUAAAUGUGCUUCAUUUAAUUAAGGAGCAGGCCCUUUCAGCAGGUAACACCAGAGUCCUGCAACAGCAAUGGAGGAGAGUGUACGAGAUCUGGUGAAUCAGAUGUUGUCAGUUGGCACUCUUUCUCUUUCUCAAUUCACUGAUGCAUAAGCUGAGGAGUCACGUGAUGUCUUGAGAUGACAAAGCAAAUAGAGGUCAUUUCUGAUUUUUUUUUGAAACGUCAUGUUCAUCUUGCAUUUGUGCUCAACGUUUAAACCUAUGCAUUUUAAAAUUUUGGCUAACACUUUCUAGGAAGCCUGUCUCUAGAAUGCAUUGUAAACAGUUAUAAUGUGAUUUAAUCUGCUUAUAAAGCUCCAUAACUAUAGUAAUAAGCACUCAUAAAUAAUCACAAUGCAUUAUAACUAUAAUCAUAACCCAUUAUAAAGCCUUUUUAUAAUGACUUAUAAGGUGAAGUAUCAUAAUACUAUAAUUGUUGGUCUAAAAUUCAUUAUAAACACAUUUAUAAUUAAUAAAACUCAACGUUCACUUGUUUAGGAGGAAAUUAGCCAACUCUGAAUCCUUUUGAGCUCUAAGCUUUCUCAAUCUUUGAAAUGCACCCAUAUUUACCAGUGUUUUACCACUUCUCUGGUCAUGCAACUGUUUAGAAAGUUCCCAUGUUUUUUUUUGUUUUUUUUAGGUUGAGUAGAAUGAAUCUAUCUCUGUUAAUCCAGUUUGUUUGGUUGCUGCUACUAUCACUGCAGCCCGUUGUCCUUGCAUGUUUGUGUUUCAUGUCUGGCCACCGGGGUGUCUAAACACAUAGGCCAAAAUAAAAACAGACAUUGGCAACUGACUUUAACAUUGUUGUCAGAGAAGUUAGUAUUUGAACUUCACAUGUUUCCCUAACAUCUGAUGACAUAGUUCAUUUUUUGAUUAUCUACAGUAUAUAUGGUACAUUACAUAUUGGACCUUUAAAGCACCCAAUGACCACUUAGAGUAAGUGAUUGUAGCAGGUUGAUUGGUUGCUAUGUCUUCAAUCUCACUCACUCUCUGGACCAAUCAGGAAUUAACUGGAUGCUAUAUAGGCAGGGGGUUUGCCCUCUUGACCCUCUUUACUCUAUGUCGUGAGAGCCACAGUUCUGCACUGGGUCCCCUCGCGUCUGCGGUCACAGUAAUUCGCCAGGAAAUGCAGUGUUGCUGAAUUGUUUGAUACCUAAACCGAUACCGCUUGUGUUAGAAUGGCGUGCAUUGUCUUCUUGCAGUGGCUCCCUGUCAUGAAACAGACUACUCAUGCAACUGAACCGGGUUGAGUUUUGCUGCUGGUAGGUUGAGCCACACUUUCACCUUCUUGGGUAUUUCCCUGUGUGUUUAGUUAACCAGCCGUCCUAUUGUAUGCAUAAACUCCCUCGAGGCUUUGAAAGCCUCUACGCGCCUUUCAGCGCCACAUCCACGCGCCUUUCAGCAUAGGGAGCUGUUGCCCAACUGGAUGCCCUACAGCAGGGGUCUUCAACAGGGGGUCCGCGACCCCUAGGGGGUCCGCGGAGGUACUGCAUGGGGGUCGCGAAAGUUUUUCUCCUCACUGUGCCUCGCACAUGUUUAAAAUAAAAACAUGAAUAUAUGAACCUGUGUAUUAUUUGAGUAUCUCAGUAUUAAAAUGCACAAUAACAAGGUACAUUUACACAUGGCACUAUAGGACCAGUUUGAUAUAACACAAUUUUAUACAAUAUAUAUAAUUAGGGGGUCCCCGCUCCAUCUCGCCAUCAGUUUGGGGGUCCUUGGCCUGGAAAACGUUGAAGACCCCUGCCCUACAGGACUGUAGCCUAUUAGGUUGACUGACUGAUUGUGACACAGGCGUAGUUUUGCUUUUCUUUGGCCUACCCGUGUUUAUUAAUGUGUGUGGAGAUUGGCAUUUUUUUUUGUGGUUUAUUUCUUUUUAAGUUUUGACGACUUUCAUUUCUGUUGAAACUUUCUUGUUUAAUUCUUUAGUUCAUUUGUGUUUGGUUCUAGGCAGCCAUCAGCCACUAUCAGCCCCCCCUCCCCCCAAUAAUCAAGUGCUGUUUCCCACAGUUAUUGAGUGCUGAUGGUGAUGGUGUCGGUGUCCCUGGCGGCUUCAUGCAUAAAUCAAACCUAUUUGCUUUCUGUAUUUUGGUGGAUUAACUUAUCGAGCUAGUCCAAUCCUAUUCUCGGGGUGAAAUUUCCCGGGUGGCGUUGCCGGUGUCUUCCUUGGGUUCGGUCAUUGAGCGGGCCAAAAAGGCGCUCCACAUCAAUAAAGUCUCACUCGUCACAUUAUAAUAAAAUUAUAAUGUCUUACAGCAGUGUUUACGGCUUACGCUGGCUCUAAUGUUGGAGGUACAGAAUGUUACAUUCCUCGGCAAGGAUUUACAAACAUUUUAAAAGCAUCGCACAUAUCCCAGUAUCAGAACAAAUUAGCCUUAUUCACGGCGCUAUCUUGCAUAACAACAGAAACAGUUUUUUGCUUGGUACACUCCAGGCUUCCUGAACAAUAGCUGUUAAUCAAGGUAAACUAAGGUUGCUGAGAUUGCCUUUAAAGUGACCAAUAAUAGGAAGGCCAGUGCCUCUUUGGUUUCUGCCCCCAAGUGUAUAAAGUCAGUUUAAUUUGAGCGAGCAGAAAUCAAGUUCAAGAGCAGAGUUUACCUUCUGCAAAGUAAACUCUUGCAAGCACGUUGUGACUGCUCGGUGCACGUGAUGCUUAGUUGACUUUUUCUCUAACUAAUUUUGUUUCACGCUCGCAGCUGACUGUAUAACUCUUGAUUGUUGAAUUGGUGCUUCAUGAGUAAUAUCUGCAUGUGUGAAAUGACAUAAUUUGCUCGUGAGGAUGUUUUAUCGCGCCCGGGAGAUAUGACAUGAACCUGACGCCUCAGAAGUAUCUCAAGUGUCAUGUCUCAGGCACAUGAUGGUGUCACGUGUGCACACAGGACAAUGGAAACAGGUUAGGCCCACCAGCCAAGGCUCCACUGAAUGUAAAUACAUACCACAUGUCUAUCAGAUCUUAUCCUUUGCUCACAUUACGCCUCUGCUUUUGAAUGUCUCCAAGCUCUGAACUCUGAGACAUGAUUCUCAAAUGAGGGCCAUCUACACUACACUGCUCUUGAUCCUUCACCCUGUGUUCAGGUGAGGAAUGCUAUAAUGUUAUUUUAUUUCAGAUAUUUUGAUAUAUCUGUCAUAGAUAGGCUUAUGUAACAUGUUGCUUUUAGAUGGAAUAUCUAAUCUUUUGAUUUACCUGUCAGUGUCCUUUUGGUACUUUAUAUCUUUGUCCUUUACUUGACUUGUUACAUGCAAUGCACUUUUGAUUCAUUUGUGUCUUAAUACUAUUCAUUCUGUGGCUUAUGUGGAGGUGCAAUGUUGUAAAUCCCUUAGAGGAUAUGGACUUACUGUAUGUUUUUUCAAUAAGUGUUUGGGCUUUUGUGGCUGCUCAAGCAUGUUUUCUUAUUAAAGAUUAAUACCGCUUCACUAUCAUGCUAAUUUAUGACUAAUGUAAGUGGAGCACACAGUGGUUUUACAAGUAGUGUGCCUCCCAAUCAUAUUUAGUGUCUAUUGUGCAUCCUAAAUGAAGUCUGGUAAGGCUGAGCCAAUAAAUACAUUUU